CUGCUGAUACCGAUCACAACAAGCGGUAACUUUCGGAACGCAGUUCGUAUCGCAUUCGCUGAUGUGAUGAAUUGAGCAAUGCGAUUGGACACGGUCUACGCUCGCGAUCAUUACGAACUCCAAGGGGAACCUAUAUGGCGCGCCUCCUUCUUUUGACCCUUUGGUUAAUUGGUUUUACACGGUCAAGAUGAUGAUUUACACGCAUUUGUAUGGCAAGCCAGUAUAAAAACGACGACUUAGGGAGAAACGAAAAGACAGAUAAUUUCUACACAAACUGAUUUUCCUGUCUUUCUUUUUUUUUUCUUUCUCUCUACGUUAUGUUUGUUACUUAAUAGUGAAGCAAAUAUGUGUAUUUGUAAUGGUGUAUCACUGAGUACACAAACUUGACAUUUCGAUAAUAAAUUAGAUAAUAUCAGAGAAAAUCAAUCGUUAUUUGCAUAACAUUUUGUGUGUAUACAUUUUAUGAAAAAAAUAAAACAAUGAAGAACAUACGUCGUCUGUUACAUGUUGUUGCAUAGCGAUGUGAGUGUGCAGUUUGCAAGGAACAUGAUUGAUACAAACUGUCACAUGUAUGUACAAAAGUGGAAAUGUUAGUGAAUUUCCUUAUGUUUUACAAAAGGUACAGUUCAGUGAAUAAUAGUUUCUACAAUGGAUUACGAUUAUAUGCCUUUUCACAGAGAAAAGGAUUUCCAUAAUAGAUGCUGUGGUGGAAAACUCUGGUGUAUAAAAGACAUAUGUGGUAUAAUAUGCGCAGUAUUAACAUGGAUACUUAUCAUUUAUGCAGAAUUUGUAGUAACAGCAGUAAUUCUCAUUCCUACAAUACACACUUUAUAUUCCAGCUUUAACAUGGCUAUUUUUCAGUCUCUAGCAUUCCUAGCUUUUGCAUCACAUCUAAGAACCAUGUUCACAGAUCCGGGUGCAGUACCAAAAGGUAAUGCAACAAAAGAAAUGAUACAACAAAUGGGGUUUAGAGAUGGGCAAGUUAUUUUUAAGUGUCCAAAAUGUUGUUCUAUCAAACCAGAUAGAGCACAUCAUUGUUCUGUUUGUCAAAGGUGUAUCAGAAAGAUGGAUCACCAUUGUCCGUGGGUCAAUAAUUGUGUGGGAGAAAACAAUCAAAAAUACUUUGUACUUUUUACAUUUUAUAUAGCAGGUAUAUCGUUACAAUCUCUAUUUUUGUGUAUACAACAAUUCACCACAUGUGUUAGACAAGAAUGGAGAGAAUGUUCCACGUUUAAUCCACCGUUAACAGUAGUGUUACUGUUGUUCUUGGGAUUUGAGGCACUUUUAUUUGCCAUUUUUACUGCUGUGAUGUUAGGCACUCAAUUGCAAGCCAUUUGGAAUGACGAAACUGGGAUUGAACAACUUAAAAAAGAGGAAGCUAGAUGGGUUCGUAACAGCAGAUGGAAGUCGAUUCAAGCGGUUUUCGGAAGAUUUUCGAUAGCUUGGUUUUCUCCGUUUACUUCGCCUCCCAAUGCAAAGACAAAACUUGAUUCUUAUUUAUAUUCUGUCUGAUUGCAUUUAUAUAUUUUGAUAUAUGUAACCAUGACUCACACAGAGGGAUAUUUAUAUUCAAUGUAUAUAAAUAGUAAUUUAUUACAAGAUGGGGAUAUUUUUUUUACUUGACACAUACAGACUGAUUUUAGAAAGUAACAUGUUGGUAAAAAAAAACUCCUUUUUUUCUAUGAAAGAUCGAAGUAAUGGAAGACAAAUUAAGUAUAGUUUAAUGAGGUUUGUUGUAUUUAUAUAGAAAUAAUGUAUAUAUUUUACACAGACAAACGCGCCGUUAUUUUUGACAAGUCAGAAUUACAUUGACUGCUAUUCUAAUUAUGUCUCUUUCAUUCCUACUCUUUGAAUUUUACGCUAGCACGAAGUAGAUGAUCGCACGGCGAAUGUACAAUAGUGAAAAGGUAACACAAGAGAAGAAAAUAGCGGCGUUUGACUAUAUAUAAUUUUUUUCUGAUAUAUAUGUGAUAUAUAUAUAUAUAUAU